GAUGAAACACAGCUACAAGAUUCUACUGAAGUUCUUGAGUUGCACACCUAGAAACACUCGAAUUGUUAUUACAUUCAAGAUCUUAUUGAGAUUGACUAAAACUUGAUCAUCACUGCCAGAUAUCUUGUGUCCACUGUCGGCUCUCAAAGGUUACUAAAACUUUAGCUGCUGCUUAGAAGUAAAGCUGCCUACGCUUCCCUUACUGUUGCUCUUUCCCACCGUCCUGCACCGCUGCUUCGUUCUUGCCUUCUUCAGAGCCCAGGCCCUCAGAACACAAUAAGAGACUUUGUUUUUUUUUAAUUCACAAUGAAACUUAGGCUAGAAGUGUGUGCCCUUCUCCUGCUGCCUGUGUACGUGUUGAUAUCUUUGUACAGUAUGCUUGUAUUUAUUCCAUGGUAUUUUCUUACCAACGCCAAGAAGAAAAAGGCUAUGGCAAAGCGUUUAAAAGCUAAACCGGUGUCGGACAAGCCCGGAAGCCCCUACCGGUCUGUCGCGCAUCUCGACUCACUCGCACACAUCAACAUCCCCGGGGCAGACACACUGGACAAGCUCUUCGACCACGCGUUAGCCAGGUUCGCCAAGAAGGACUGCCUGGGCACCAGGGAAAUACUGAGUGAAGAAAACGAAAUGCAGCCAAAUGGAAAAGUAUUUAAAAAGUUAAUCUUAGGGACUUACAAAUGGUUAUCGUAUGAAGAGGUCAAUCAGAAAGCGAAUCACCUGGGGAGCGGCCUGGCGGCGCUCGGCCUGACGCCCCGCAGCACCGUGGUCAUCUUCUGUGAGACCCGAGCAGAAUGGAUGAUCGCAGCACUAGCCUGCUUCAAGUACAACUUCCCUCUUGUUACUUUAUAUGCCACCCUGGGUGAAGAUGCAGUAACCUACGGUCUCAAUGAAUGUGGGGCAUCAUAUCUGAUCACCAGUGCAGAACUUCUUGAGAGCAAACUUAAGACUGCAUUGACAGAAGUCUCCUGUCUUAAACAUAUCAUUUAUGUGGAUAAGAAGACUAUCAAUAAAUCAGAAUACCCUGAAAACUUGCAGAUUCAUAGCAUGCAAACAGUAGAAGAGCUGGGAGCCAAACCCGAGCACAUAAGCGUUCUGCCAAGCAGGCCUGUUCCGACAGACUUGGCGUUAGUCAUGUACACGAGCGGCUCCACUGGGAGACCUAAAGGAGUGAUGAUGAUGCACAAAAACUUGAUAGCUGGAAUGACCGGACAGUGCGAGAGGAUACCUGGGCUGGGGCCCAAGGAUACCUAUAUUGGCUAUUUGCCUCUGGCCCAUGUGUUAGAAUUGACAGCAGAAAUAUCUUGCGUUACUUACGGCUGCAGGAUUGGGUAUUCCUCUCCACUCACGCUGUCAGAUCAGUCAAGUAAAAUUAAGAAGGGAAGUAAAGGAGACUGUACUGUACUAAAGCCCACACUGAUGGCAGCUGUACCUGAAAUAAUGGACAGAAUUUAUAAAAAUGUAAUGAGUAAAGUUCAAGAGAUGAACUAUAUUCAGAGAACCCUGUUCAAGAUAGGCUACGACUACAAAUUGGAACAAAUCAAAAGGGGAUAUGAUGCACCUCUUUGUAACAUACUCUUAUUUAAAAAAGUAAAGGCUUUACUAGGAGGGAACAUCCGUAUGAUGCUUUCUGGAGGAGCACCACUCUCACCUCAGACACAAAGAUUCAUGAACAUCUGUUUCUGCUGUCCAGUUGGGCAAGGCUAUGGAUUAACAGAAACAUGUGGCGCUGGAACUAUUACAGAAGUUGCUGAUUACAGCACUGGCAGGGUUGGAGCACCUCUUAUUUGCUGUGAAAUUAAAUUGAGAGACUGGCAAGAAGGAGGUUAUACUAAUAGAGACAAGCCUAAUCCUAGAGGAGAAAUUGUAAUUGGUGGGCCUAAUGUCUCCAUGGGAUAUUUUAAAAAUGAAGAGAAGACAUCAGAAGAUUUCUUUGUUGAUGAGAAUGGCCAGCGGUGGUUUUCAACUGGAGAUAUAGGGGAAUUUCAUCCAGAUGGGUGUCUGCAGAUCAUAGAUCGUAAAAAGGACUUGGUAAAGCUACAAGCCGGGGAGUACGUGUCUCUGGGCAAAGUAGAGGCCGCACUGAAGAACUGUCCGUUGAUUGACAAUAUCUGUGCUUAUGCCAAAAGUGACCAGUCCUAUGUGAUCAGUUUUGUGGUUCCUAACCAGAAGAAGCUGACAGCUUUAGCCGAGCAGAAAGGCAUCACUGGAACCUGGGUAGAUAUUUGUAACAAUCCUAUAAUGGAAGCUGAAAUACUGCGAGAAAUUAAAGAAGUGGCAAACAAGAUGAAAUUGGAACGGUUUGAAAUCCCCAUCAAAGUACGGUUAAGCCCUGAGCCGUGGACCCCAGAGACGGGGUUAGUAACAGAUGCUUUCAAGUUGAAAAGGAAAGAACUGAAAAACCAUUACCUCAAUGACAUCGAAAGAAUGUAUGGAGGAAAAUAAACUUGUGUUGACUAGACAGUUGUGCAGAAGUUCUCAUGACUCAAUUUUGGAUGUCCUUAUAUAGUGUAGUUAUCAAGUGUUCAAGAUAAUACUCAAAAUGGAUGAAUGUUUCUAUGAUCUCUAAUGAGAACAACAAAGGACAAAAAGAAAAACCUUAGACUCCAAAUUCCUAGUUACUAGCAGAACACAUUGAUGCUCUUUAGUGGUUCAUGUGAUCACCUCCAGUUUUGAGGUGGACAUUCAUUAUAUGACACAGUGUGAUGAGGUCAUUGCUGUUGUUAUUGUUCCUCUAGCAUAUUCAGACUGCUUUCAUUCCUCUUAAUUCCUGAAGUCUCACACAUACUUCAACCAGAAAUAUUAAUGCAAUUGGUAUCACAGCAAGAAAAUUCAUUUAGGGAAAAACGUAUUUAAAGCUUACCAUUCUUAAUUAAAAACAAACACAUUAGUCAAGAAUUUGCUAGAGGUCACUAAUAACGCAUUAGAGCUGGAUUCUUCUGCACAUCAGUUAGUAUCUUGACUACAGUGCCUAAAAGAAAAUGCAAAGUAUACUUACUGAAAUAAAGGUGAACUGAAAAGCUUUCAAAAAAUAAGUUACUUGACACCUCAAGUGUGUUGAAUCCUACUUCAACUUCACCAAAUACAUUUUUACUUGCCACUAUGUUUUAAUUCAAGCAGAACUUUCAACUCGGGCAUGCAGCCUAAGAGACAACUAAGACUCCCACUGCUGCAAGCAGCACUGACAUUAGAGCAGUCAUCAGUGGAAGCAGAACUCGCAUCCCGGCAGGCAAACAGCAGUGGAGCUGAUGGACAGUUGCCUCUAAGGAGAUUUUAACUAAAAGGAGAACUUUGGGUUUGGGGUAGCAGGGGGAAAGGAGAAAUGGUUGCUUGUUUUUUAAGGCACUGAUCCUUCAGAUCUCGACAUGUAUAUAAGUAACAUUACAAGUCACCUGUACGUAAGUUACAGGGUCUACGAUAACUGUAUUUACAAUAUGGAAAAGUAUUUCUGUUCACCUUUUAAAUGCUGUAACCAAAACAAGACAACAGGAAGCCAACAGCAGUUUCUCCUUGUCUUGUUUUAUCUACAGGAAAGUAAUGCCUGGCUGGAGAGCUCUGUUUUAAGGAACUUGUAAAAAGGGACAAAUCACUCCAUAUAGAAAUUGAUUAUAAAAACAAUGUUAUGUUAAUAACUGGAAGCUAUUGGUGUGCUGAAGCAGGAGGAUAGGGAAUAAUUUAAUAAUAGUUUUAUCACAUUGUGUGCAGUAUCCUGUACUGUCUCUUUGAAUUGUUAGUAUCUGAGCUCCUGCAUCCCUGCUAGCUCUUUGCACUUGAACCAUAAAUGCUGUAAGAAGUGGAAGUUCUUGAUACUGUUCUACUUUGCACUUUUC